UUAUUCCCUCUCUCUCUCUCUCUCUUCUGUAUCACAACCCGCGCCCCUCUCUCUGUCUCUCUCUAGAGCUCUCCGUUUGGUUUCCGACCAAGAAUUGAGCACCAAAACGAACCGUUUCGUUCGCUUUCGCUACUCAACACCGCCAUUGUUUUAGCCUCCACUUGAAUUUCAGAGUAAAACCAAAAACGAACCGAAGGGAUUACUGACUCUGAAUUUUCAAUUAGGGGUUUUGAUUUUGGGCGCUGGGGUUACUUGUGUGUUUGCGGUAGCUUAAUUUUGUGGAUUGCGAAUGAAAAUGAGUAGCGGGUUGAGCUCUGAAUACUUGUGAUUGUGGAUUUCUGAUUAGGGUUUUUGGUUUUGGUUUUGUACGCUAAAGCUUCAAGCUUUUUUCCCAUUUGUUUUGAUGGCCAAGUUUGCACAGGGGGACAGAGUUUGGAGAUAAGAGUUUGUUUAGGAUAAUAUAUGUGUGUGUGUGUGUGUGGUGAAGGUAGAUGAAGAUGAUCAAGUGGAACCUCAGAUUUUAGGGAUAAGUGCAUCUUGUAUUGGUUUCUGGAAAAUGACAUAUGAGAAAUUGAAAUGCCUAGCUCUUUUGAUGAAUUUCAAUAAAGGAAGCAUUUUUAGUGGUUUUGUUUCUAUCCCCUUGUUCGUGAGAAGCAAGUAAUUCCAUCUUUAAGAAGAUGAAAAAAUAGAUUCUGUUUGGAUUGAGGAAAACACAAGUGAAGUGAAAGGAUAAUGUUUGAAAGAGGUUCAGUAGUUCAUGAACUUGAGGACUUAGUGUAGCAUUUUUCUUCUGUUUCUUCUUACUUGCUGCGGAAGACUAAGUGAACUCUCGUUCAGUUUCUGUUGACUAAUUUGGGGGCGUGGAGAUUUUCUGGAUUUCUUCAUUUAAUUUAUAGUGCCAAUGUGAAAGAAAGGGAAAUCUAUCUUGUAUUAUGCAUCACAUUUUAUUACUUUAAAAGAGAUAAAGAAUAUCAGUUCACCUAGCGUUAUUUGUUUGAAAAAUGUGAAAGCAUAGCGUAAUCUUCGUUGUUCUCAUGGAACUUAUUCGCAACUUCAAGAAUUAAGUCCAUUCUAUGUAAUGGGAAGUGUUUUUGGAGGGGCAAGUUAUGCUCCAGGCUAUAUUUGUUUCUUUGAUGAAUUCCAUUCAUUUAUGUUCCUCUUGAGGAAAUGUGAUGUUGUUCCUUGAGUCUCUUACAAUUUGGUUUCUGUAAAACAUGAGAAAGAAAGGAAGAUGCUUGAGACUGAUUUAAAUACACACUAGGAAAGCUAUUGUCAAAUGAUAUCUUUGUUCUUUCAUGUCUGUAAUGAAUUAAUGUUUCCCAAUAAAAGUGUUUAGUAUUCAUUUUAUAAGCAGAACUUGUGUAUCGGUCUGCAUUUGUGUCAUGUUAUGAAAAUUAUUGGGAUUAAUUAUAGUAUGAAAAAGAGAUGAGUUUUAAUAUUAGAAUUGGUCGAGUCAGAAUAAACUGAAGUUGCAGACUUUUCCUUCUCAAAUCAUCUUUAAAUUGUAGUAUAGGACAUAUUGGAAAGCACCAGAUGCAAGUCAAGCUGACUAGAGCUAAAGCUCAUACAUUGUGGAUUUGAUAUAGGUUGAGAAUACUUAUAUCCUUCUGAAUUUCUAAUACAGAUUUAAAUAGAUUACAUAUGUUAUUAUGAACUUAGAUUGUGCUCUUUAGUUAUUUUACGGAAAUAGUAAUAUUCUCUGUACGUGGUGGAUAGUUUUAUGUCAGCUUAAGUAAUGGAGGAACUAUCAAUGGUAGACCCUUAUGGGACAAAUCCUGGACCAAUUGAUGGUUCGGUGCUUUAUGAUCAGGAGAAGCAUGUCUCCUCAGCUGUUUGGGAUGGACAGGAGCGUGGUGCACUUAGAUGCCAUGAACACACAUCAAAGCUCGAUCAAUGGACUCUAACGGAUACACAGUUGGAGUUGGUAGAGAAGGCUGGAUUUGGUUAUUUAAGAUUGAUUCCUGCUAUUAGUCUAGACAACCCACUCAUUUCGGCACUAGUUGAAAGAUGGAGGAGGGAAACAAACACUUUUCACCUGAAUGUUGGAGAAAUGACAGUAACCCUGAAGGAUGUUGCACUAUUGCUUGGACUAUCAAUUGAUGGAGACCCUGUUAUGGGUGUAACAUAUACCACCUGUAACUCAGUUUGUGAAAAAUUUCUUGGAAAAACACCAGAGUCUAGUUAUAUUAGUGGUGGAAUGGUAAAGCUAAGCUGGUUGAAAGAGUUCUUUUCGCGUUGUCCUGAAGAUGCUCCACUUGAAGUGAUUGAGUACCACACACGUGCCUACCUCUUAUAUCUUGUUGGAAGUACAAUAUUUUCCACUACCACUGGGAAUAAAGUCCCUGUCAUGUACCUUCCAUUGUUUGGAGAUUUAGACCAAUGUGGGAAAUAUGCCUGGGGAGCAGCAGCCUUGGCAUUUUUGUACAGGGCACUUGGCAAUGCCUCUCUGAGAUCUCAAAGUACGAUUAGUGGUUGUUUGACACUUCUUCAGUGCUGGAGUUACUUUCACCUGAAUAUUGGACGACCAAAGCUCAAUCAAGAUUCAAUGCAUGAUCGUUUUCCUUUUGUGCUUAGCUGGAAAGGAAAACAAAGUGGGCCCACAACAAACCGAGAUGUAGUUUUUUACCGUAAAGUUCUGGAUUCCCUGAAAGAAUGUGAUGUGGAGUGGCGUCCUUAUAGACAUCUGGAUAGUAGUGUUAUCCCAAAAGAAAUAACGAGUAAUCUGAUUCUAGGAAGGUCGAAAACAAUGCUAAUUUGCUUUGACAAGGCAGAAAGGCAUCUCCCAAAUCGUUGUCUAAGGCAAUUUGGCAUCCCCCAGUCAAUCCCAGAGGAUGUAGAGCGAUGGGAGCGAAAAAGUCGCGGAGUUGAUGGUGGGGUUGAUUUGUCAGCGAAAAUGGAGUCAGAGCUUAAUGAAUGGUUCGAACGUCGAUUCCAUAUUGUGGUAGAGGAUGAUGAUGCAGAUGAAAGUGAGUACAUGCAAUGGUACCUGAAAAUUACACGUAAAUUUGUUGGGAGACCCAUCUCUCUCUCAUCUGAGUUUCAAAGAACGAAUGCUGGUUUGAGAGAUAUUGCACACAUAGCUGAUACAUUCUCAACAAAGGGUUUGGAUCCAGAACAAGUUGAGUUAAUAUCUAGGAUCAGGUAUAUUGCCCAUGAAUGUUUGAGGGACCAGAUUGGGGGUCCAGCCAGAGUGUCGCCCUCCCCACACAAUGAACUUGGCAAAAGGAUAAGAGGGAAGGAGAGGGUAAGAAGAAAAGGUGCAGGAAAACGUUUGCGGAAGGAUCAUCCAGUACAAUAUCACACUGCUAGUGAAGGUGAUCAAUCUCCGUUUUCUGGUGCCACCGUUUCUGUUGAUCGAUUACAAUCGUAUCAUGCACAUAGGGAGGAGGAUCAUUUGCCAUUAUAUCCUGUUGAAAAUGAGGUCACUGCUUUGCAUAUGAUCAGUGGGGAUGAUGACAUUGGUUUCGAUCAGUCAGAGCUGGUCCAGGUGACUGGUGAGGAAAGUAACACUGAGCUAAGCCAUGCAGUUGUGAAGGUUGAUGAAACCCACCUUUUUGAAGCAACUGAAAAGAUAAACGACUCACAAAUUUGUAAUGCAAUGAACGAGGUCAAGGACUUCCGAAUUUCUAAUUCAACUAAGGUUGAUUCUCAGAUUUGUAAUGCAACGACGGUCAUUGACUCACAGCUCUGUGAUGCACCGGAGGAGGUUAUCAACUCACAGAUUUGCAAUGCAGAUCAGGAGGUUGACGAUUCACAUGCUUGUGAUGCAACACAGGAGGCUACCGACUCUCGUCUUUCUGCAGCAUCUGAAAAGGUUGAUGACUCCGAGCUUCCUGAACUUACCACUGAAAGUGAUCGACAAACAGCUAAAUUGGAAACAGAGGUUCCAGAAGCUUCUCUUGAGAUUCCUCAGGAUAUUGCAAACCAGAGUAACUAUAGUGUUGUAGUAUAAAGUACUAGUGCUAUCAUGAAAUUUUGCUGAGGUAAUCAUUCUAUAUGAUUUAGAAGAUGCUGACUAACAUUGUUUACAAUUGUAUGUUCAAUCAUAUUUUGAUUAUUCAGGCCUUGCAUAAUACAUUCUUAUUAUUUUUGAUUGCAAGAUUAGCAAUCAAAUACUCAUCACUAUGUAUAUAUGGCUGUAAUUUUUGGCUAGUUGAUGAUAAGAUGCUUUGUUUUUGU